AUGUCCACAAAAGUCCGCCCUCUUCAUCGAUUCGCCGCAGCGGUUGGGAAGUGCUCGAAAGAGAGCUCGACAUACGGAACCUGUAUCACCGCGAAUUAUAAGAAUGUACAGAAAAACAUGUGUCUAGACGAGUUUCUUCGGCUCAAAAAUUGUUAUCUGGUAAGUCUUCGGUAA